GGCACUCUGAAUUGGGCACACCGGGGCACUAUCUGAAGGGAAGAAACAAUUUUGGCGUGUCGGUAUGAAUGGCUGGUUAGCUGGUCAUCACAGCUGCAAUAUCCUUUCCAUGCGCCGUGCCGUUUGAAAGCAUCACCCACCUAUAAGCGCAAGACCUUCGGCAGGGGAGCAAAAAUGAGCGCCGGCAGUCUAAUUAAUGCGUUCUGCCGCUCUGUCUCCCUGUAAGGCCUCGUUAGCCUCGCCCGUCUCCCACGCACGAGCUAAACCGCUGUUUUGUUUGAUCGCGGGGCAGACGAGGAUUUAAGUGAAAUCCAAAGCAGACCACACGGUUGUUGACACUUUGCCGUGUUCCUGUAAGGCUCAUUUCAGUCGGUCGAAUGGCGGAGGUGGCGCUGAGAUGUCAGACGCUUUUUAUUUUUGGACCAGGGGCUUUUUCAGUCACAAAAUGUUUGGUGGCUGCUUAGGACUGUCGAGUCCAACCACUAAAUUAUAACGAAGCCAAAGUGUGCUACGAUUUUGAUGCUAAAACAGGCAAAGGUUGCGUUUAUGUCUCUGAGCCAGGUUACACUAAAGUACAAAUAUCAGUUUUUCCAAGUGGUAGCAGUGGCAUUUCAUUGACAGUAGAGAGGGGGCGUAGUUGCGUUCUACUUUGAAAUUGUCAUUAUGAACAAGGAUAUCCUUUUUCCCUGCGGGCCUUGAAUGGUCAGCGAAGCAUCCAAACGAGCAAACGCUUGGCGCGAACAUGCUCAACGGCGCAUUUAGCAUGUUGAUGUCGUCCGGCGUUGAUAAUUAGCCAAGCGCUUGCAGAGCGGACUCGUGAUAAAGCGCCGUGUCAUAUAUUGUCUUUGUGAUGUUCACGGAGGGGUCUAUCUGCAAGGUUAACCACCGCGCUUUGGAGGAUUCGUCUCUUCCAAAAGCGUGCUUGCGCCUGUGGGGAAAAAAAAUUCUCGCGUCUUGUAUGUGGCGUCCGUCAGUAGUAAGCCGCAGUGGAGCCCAUGCCCUUCUCCCUCCCCUAGACUCCAAAUGUGCCACUCCUUCGCCUUUUCCCAUUGGAAGAGCGAGGCCACCUCCCUCCCCUGGCUCAUUUGUAUGCAUGUGAUGAUGCGGUGUGUGUGCGUUUUAAGUGUGUGUGUGUUGAGAGAGGCAGGAGCAGUCGGUGCGAUGGGAUAGAGGCGGAGGAGAGUGAAUGAGAGCUGCGUCGGGGUGCCUGCUGAAGCUGGCCUGAGCCUCCGCCGCCAACAGCGAGCCACGUUUGCACGCCCUCCAAAGACGGAACCUGCAGCAAGAAAAACUACAGCGGGAAUUACAACAACGCCGCCGCUGCCUCUUGCCGCUGCUUUCCCCCCCACCUCCACCCCUGAUGCCCUUGUCCUCGGCGGCUCCUCUCACCACCCUGGCCAGUAUAUGGAUAGAAGCUCCUUUUUUCAGCUCAUACAAGAGCAGCUGGAUCCAGACAACACCGGUUUCAUCGCAGUGGAGAACUUCACCAGCCUGGUGGAGCACCAUGAGCUGCAGCUGGACCCGUCCAAACUGGACAUGCUGUUAGCACUGGUCCAGAGCAAUGAGGACGGACAAGUUUGUUACCAGGAGCUCAUCGAGCUGAUGAGCAGCAAGCGCUCCAGCAGUUUCCGACGGGCCAUCGCCAACGGCCGGCGCACGCUGCAGCGAGAGAUCUUGCUGGACGAGACGGGCCUGGGUCUGUACAAGCGCUUUGUCCGCUACGUGGCCUACGAGAUCCUGCCCUGCGAGACGGACCGGCGCUGGUACUUCCACCAAAACCGCCUGUGCCCACCGCCAGUCUUUAUCGCCGUCAUCACCAUCGUCCAGAUCAUCGUGUUCAUGUGCUACGGCGUCAUGCUCAACAAGUGGGUGCUGCAGACCUACCAGCCCGACUUCAUGAAGAGCGCCUUGGUGUACCACCCGGGCCACCGCGCUCAAGUGUGGCGCUUCUUCAGCUACAUGUUCAUGCACGUCGGCUUGGAGCAGCUGGGCUUCAACGCUUUACUGCAGCUAAUGAUCGGAGUCCCUUUGGAGAUGGUCCACGGCGUCUUACGAAUAAGUCUGCUUUAUAUGGCGGGAGUGCUGGCGGGUUCACUGACGGUGUCCAUCACCGACAUGCGCGCUCCGGUGGUGGGGGGCUCCGGCGGGGUCUACGCUCUCUGCUCGGCGCAUCUGGCCAACGUUGUCAUGAACUGGGCCGGGAUGAGGUGUCCGUACAAGCUGCUCCGCAUGAUCCUGGCGCUAGUUUGCAUGAGCUCGGAGGUGGGCCGAGCGGUGUGGCUGCGCUUCUCGCCGCCGCUGCCCUCGUCCGGGCCGCAGCCCAGCUUCAUGGCCCACCUGUCGGGCGCGGUGGUGGGCAUCAGCAUGGGCCUGCUGAUCCUGCGCAGCUACGAGGAGAGCCUGCAGAAGCAGUGCUCCUGGUGGGUCAUCGUCUUCUCCUUCAUCACCUUCCUGCUCUUCGCCAUCUUUUGGAACAUCUUCGCCUACGAGCUGCUGGGCGUGCAGAUCCCGCCCGCCCCCUGAUGAAGGCCCCCGCCGCCCGCGUCUUGACCUCCAAACAGGUUUUUCUUUCAAAUCAUCCCUUUUCCGCCCCAGCUGACCUGCGAAUCCUUUGCCGUUCGUGUGGACGCACUGCAAAAUGAAGAAGUACGUCUCUUUCGUUAAAGAGAAGGUAGCGGCAGAACCGGUUCCUGGCGUCCAUUUCCAGGAGUCCGUUGUCUUUUUUUGGAACUCGCCACGAGCGGCCGGGGUGAUCGGUUUCGUCCCUCUCGUGAAACAAGCGAGGAGCGAUGCCACAAAAAAGGAAUGUAACAAUAGAGCGGAGGGGCGCCAGGAUAUGAUGACACUUUGGAUUGUUUUUUUUUCUCCCCCCCCCCCCUUAUUUGAUACGCGUGCAUUGUCUAUUGACGUGUUUCAAAAGGUGCCAAAAGCAAGCUAUGAUUGUUGUCCCUCACUUGACUUGAUCCGAAAUUUUUAGUGCUUUACAAAACAAGCCAUAGAAAGAACUCGCCUGAGAUGGUUUCAAAGAGAGGACAAAAAAAUAAAAUAAAAUAAAAGCCGCCCAUGGGGACAGUCGAGAGCGUGAGCGGCAACAAGCUUCGCGCGUCACCAAACUAUUGGCGCCGUUGCUCUCCUUGCGGUGGUCGAAGUCAACACAGGUAGACUUGGCCACGUAGAUUUCGGUGAUGAUUCAUUUUUACAUCAAAUGACUUCCACAGAGAAUAAAAAAACUGGGCAAGAGUGUCCAUUUCUCACCGUUUUUGACACCAAGUCUCGACUACGGAGUGGAAAAGACUCACUUCCACAUAAUCCAAAAUAUUCUCGCGAUGUUUCUGAUCAUAGUUGACUAACAUUCAGCCACAUUAAUUUUUUUUUCCUUCCAUGACACGUUCAAGACUGUCCCCGCAAACGGGUCGCCUCGACAGCGUGUAAAAGUCAUUUCCGGCAUUGUGAAUAUUCCAAGUCAAAGAAGAAAAAACUGUGCAAGUUUACGCCUGUGAAAGAUUCUCAUGUAGCUGACUUUUACUUCUUGGGGGUUUCCGCCGCUUGUACAAGUUGUUUAUAGUUGACGGAUUGUUUUGCGGAUGCGCGCAAAAUCGCGCUCGUGUGCUCGCGGGCGCCGGCAAAUGAACCGUGCGAUAGCGUCGACGGUUUGGGAAAAUGAGAAGAAAAUCAGCCGUUACGCCGGAGUCAUGGAGAAGUGAUGGAAGCCCCUUGUGCUCGCCAUGAAAUGUUAUUUCUGUCCCAUGGCGAGGAUGUUGUUUAAAAAAAAAAGGGCUAGUGUUCCUUUUAUUUUUCCGAGGGGUGUAUCUUAAUCGCCAAGCGCGAGGAACUUGCUUUCCCGCAUUCAAGGCCGCGCGAUUUUUCAGCCUAUCAAAGUCAUGUGACAGGAUGAUGCUUGGCUGCGAAUUUUCUUCCGAAACACUUGAAUCCGUUGAAGCGACGGGAGACGAGCAAUCUACCAGGUCUGCUCACCAAGCUCAUGUUUUUUUUUGCUCGUCCGGGUCAGCAUGACCACGCCGAAACCGAAACGUCAUCGAUGACGCUUUCGUUCUGCUCCAAUCGUUGAGGCCGGCGUGUUGAAAAAUGCGGCGUAGAGCUUUUUCAUGGUUGUGCACGCAUGUCGCAUAAAGAGAGAUUAAAAAAAAUGCCACGUAAAAAAAGUCAGGCGUGACUGUUUAACGAGUGUGCAGUGGGGAUGGGCAGUCACGUGGCCCAUUUAGAGCGCCUCGUUGUUGUGGUGUGGAAAAGCCCCGCAACCCAGAGAUUGUUUUGUCACCCAAAAGUAACCCAGAGAGCCAAAUAUUCGAGGUUUGUGUGGCAAAUGAGUGCUUUGCCCACCCCCAAAAUUAUAUCUUGUCCUUUUGUCUGUUUUUGUUUUUAAGUUGGCCAAUCCUGAGCGCUGCGUAAGCCACUCAGGUAGCCGUGCGCAUCCAACAGCUGCCUCCUGCGUCCUUAAAACGGUGCCAAACUGACAAGGUUCAAUCUCGCCAACGAGCGGACACGAGGUUGCGCAAAAAACAGCGUUUACAACAAAAACAAGGAGGGCGAGAAAAGAAAAAAAAAGAUAUUUUUUCUCUUAAGUCACGUGGAAGAAUGCCUAAAUUUACAUGUGGGAAAUUUGUAUCAAAGUCCUCAUGAUUUAUUUCAUUAUCUAUUCUAUGUACUUUUUAAACGUUCUAAAACGGAACCAUUUUAUAUUGUAUAUAUCUGAAUAUAUUUUGUUUUAUUUUAUACUGGUCAUUGUAUUUUGCUUUCAUUCGGAAACAAUAUAAAUAAAGAACAAUACUGUGAUGA